GGUGGGCAUCAAACCCUACAUGAGAUCUCUCGCCUGUCGCCGCUUCUCCUCCUCCUCCUCCUCCGCCGCUUCCGCUCUCCCCAUCCCUCACCGCUCCCUCGCCGACCCCCGCGGCUCCGACCAUGACUUCGUCGCCGUUGCCCACAGCCACCUUCUACGCGCCGAUUGGCCCGCCCUCGUCUCCCUCGCCCCCUCCCUCACGCCCUUCCGCACCGCGCACCUCCUCCUCCGCCUUCGCUGCGACCCUAUCCUCUCCCUCGAGUUCUACCGCUGGACCCUCCUCCACGGCACCCCCGCCUCCCACUCCCUCGAUACGCACGCCAUCGUCCUCCACAACCUCACCAAAUCCCGCCGUUUCAAGGCCGCCGAGUCCAUCUUCCGCCAGUCGUUGAUCCCCCGAACCCAGAAUUCCACCUCGGAGCUCUUCGACGCGGUGCUUCGCACGUAUCGCCUCUGCGACUCGACGCCCGCCGUGUUCGACGCCAUGUUCAAGGCCUAUGCCCACGAGCGCAAGCUCAGGAAGGCCACCGAGACCUUCCGGCUGAUGCGGGACUACGGGUUCCUCCCCAAGAUCAAAUCUUGCAACGCCUUCUUGAGCUCGCUGCUCUAUCUGGGGCGGGCUGACGUUGCGCUGGCCUUCUACCGGGAGAUGCAUCGGUGUCGGAUCUCGCCGAACGUCUACACCCUAAACAUGGCCAUACGCGCGCUCUGUAACUCGGGGAAGCUGGACAAGGCUCUCGACCUGUUCGAUAAAAUGGAAGGGAUGGGAUUCACUCCUACCGUUGCUUCCUUCAAUACCUUGAUCGAUGCUCAAUGCAAAAAUGGAGUCACGGGGCAUGCUGUGAAGCUCAAGAACACAAUGGCCGGUAAAGGUUUGGAGCCGAACGUGAUCACCUACAAUACUCUCAUCCAUGGGUUCUGUAAGGAAAGCAAGUUGCAUGAGGCUAACAGGGUUUUCCAGGAGAUGAAAGCCGCCGAGGUGAGGCCGAACACGGUGACCUACAACACUUUGAUAAAUGGUUAUAGUCAGAUGAACAACAGCGAGAUGGGCUCGAGGCUUUAUGAGGAGAUGGUAAAAGAUGGUAUUGAGGUCGACAUUGUAACGUACAAUGCUCUUAUAUUGGGGCUUUGCAAUGAAGGGAAGACAAAGAAGGCCGCCCAUGUAGUGAAGGUGCUCGAUCAAAAAAAUUUUGUCCCAAAUGCGUCGACCUUUGCUGCUCUCAUUACUGGACAAUGCAAGAGGCAAAACUCUGAGCGGGCACUUGAUAUUUACAAGGCCAUGAAGAGAAGCGGGUGUACUCCAAACAAUGAUACAUUUAGGCUGUUGAUAUAUACCUUCUGCAAGAACAAGGACUAUGAAGGCGCGGUUGAGUUGUUGAAGGAAAUGUUGGGGAGAUAUAUGGCACCUGAUGAGACUCUGCUUACUGAGGUUUUCGAGGGGAUUUAUAGCUCUGGAAAGACCCACCUGGUUACUGAAUUGCACUUGGAUGUUGUUGGGACAAGACUUAUUCCUGAAGUUUAUUUCAAAAAUGAACACACAACUAAGUUGCUGGAUAUAUCAGAUACUGAAGCACAGAAGAUGUGUAUGGGAUAAAGAAGUGGAACAAAUUUGCUUGGUUGAGAAGAGAUUUACAGCUACUUGGCCCAACAUCUUAUAAUUUUCGAUGAUUUCUCGAAGAUAUUUGGUGAUGAUGAUACAUACAUGGAGUUUUUCUGUGGACUUGAUAGUUUGAUAUUGCCACAUCUUAUGUCGUAGACUCUAACAGCCUACAUGAGGAGGUGAGUUAUAUAUCAUGGUUUUGUGUUGGUAUCAUGGUUGGAGAAGAAAAAACUUGUUCAAUGCUCAGAUCCUGGUCAAUUUGUUCUCUGAGGUGUUCAUUUCAAGCAAGAUGUGUUCAGGAGCAGGGGGCAAAGCUAUAAGCAGCAACGAUAGAUGUCAUUGUUGCAGCAAGAUUUGAAUUGACCAUCCUCUGAUGAAAGCUUGUUCUUACACAUCUUUCUGGACAAAGAAUAUUAUUUGUUGCAAAGCAAGAAUUCUAUCAUUGUUCUGGCUAGAGUAGAAUCAGCUUGUGAUUUGAUACAAGCUUGUUCAUAAAAUCUGUCUGGAAAUAAUGUAUGAUUUGCUUCUGUGCAAGAUUUUCAGCUAGCUUCAGGAAUUUCAUUAGAGUUGGAACACAUGUGAAAAUAAACGCUGGAAGUCUACGAAGGACCUUUGGUGAAGGCCAAGAAGUUGCGACUUCAAAGGAGGAAACUGCCUGGAAAGGAACGUAAAAUCCCCUCCGUGUUUGAUCCCUACAUGGAAGGUAUAAUAUGUUAAAGUUAUUUUGUUAUCAUUUCAGAAGUUUUUGC